AUGGCAUCACCAGGGUCCUUGAGCCAGACGAAGGCGCCAUGGAAGAGCUCCCCUGGUAGCUUGCAGCACUCGACUGCAAAAUUACAGCAAUCAACAUCAAGACUCUGGCGUCGGUCGGUGUCCUCAUGGUUCGAUUCCAAGGACCGAUGUCACCAAGCCACCGUAGAGACCUGGCACAAGUCGACAGAUUCGUGGAGAAGGUCCAAGGCAGUUCUCGACGUUCAGAAGGAGAACCUUUUGGCCCUCACAGGAACGAAGGAACAGAAGACACUGAGCGCCGCGAACAAGCACGAAGAAAUUACGCCCAAACCAUCACCAGAACUGAGCAAUGCCCCGAGCCAGCAGCUUUCGCGAUCAGUAAUUGCCUUAGAGGCAGAUAGUACGCCAGUAUCAGCAAUCACACACGAUAAACGGCCAUCUGAAUGUAAAGCUUCAUCAGGUGUCCCGAUACCUCCUCAACCGCGACGAACGACCUCGUCCACAUCGUCACCGCUGGCAGAACCAUCUACCGUGUCUUCCAUGUCCGCUCCCUCCGUCUCCUCCUGGCAGUCUCCAAUCGAGACUGGUAUCGACGCAAGAGCAUUCUCGCCGCUAUCUGUAGAUCUCUCGGUCGAAAAGCGUCGACCAGACGAACAAGUGAGAGGAUUGCUCAGGUACACAGACCACGUCCUUUCCCAGGCCCAACACACAAGACAACUGCGAGAUACGAAAUCGAUGUUACUAAGCGAGGUUGAACAUAACUGGAUUCAUUCCACCAUCACCGAUGCCGUGGACUCAGCACAAGAGCUAUCUGAAGUCUUGGAACUCUGCAGACAGGACAUGGCGAAGCGCAAAGGCAAAGGCAAAAUCAGCUCUGCCAACCGGAAACAAUGGAAGCUCCGAAAUCGCGAGCGUGCAGACGAAAGACAAACUCGCUUGAUUCGUUAUCAAUGCCGACUCGACCAAGUGUACCGUCACUUAACCAAACUCAAGAUACCCCCAAGUCGGCCGAUGCAGCAGGUAGAACAGCCAGCUCUACAGCACACUCCUGAAAUGCCCACCGAGUCCUCCGAACUGGCUGGCUCCCUGGUAGAGCUUUCUUCAGAGCCAAAACAAUCCACUUUUUCAGAGAUGCCACAAGCUUCCCCGAAGCAACAGCCAAUCCUGUCAGGAAUUGCUGAGAUGCCAGUGGAUCUCGAAGUGACAAGCUUUGCAGCAGAGCUUCCUGUAGACAAGCAAGACCUUGCCGCUGCUACAAAAUUCACAGCGGUUCCUACCGUAGACCAAGCCCCCCGGUUGACUGAGCGGCCCUUGGCAACCACGAAGAUCCCGAGAAAGGCCUUACCGAUCAUCGCUGAGUUGCCAUGUAAUUUCUCCGAUACCCAGCUGCCGACACUGUACGCCUCGAGGGAGAUGCCAGAAACACUUGUCACAGCCGCCCCUGAUCCCUCUACGACCGUCGGAGCAAGCAAUGUUCACCGUUCGGACACUGAUGUCGCAUGA